CACUCUCCUGGUGUGUGUAUCACAGUACGUGCAUUUCCUGGUUUGGUGUUUAGGGGCUUUUACCGGUGAUUUGGUAUGCGAACAGACAUCCAUCAUUGUAUUGUACACACGACGGUUUGAUUGGUGAUCUCUGUUUAGCCUUUCAAUCAACAUCAACUCUUGCAACUCUAUCUAUCUGUUACUGUGCCCGAUAAACUCCCAUCCAAAUCAAGGAACCUCUUCUAAGUGAAGAGCUGUUGCAGUUUGUGCCCCCUGUGGACACAGCCUCUCUGGAUGACACAAUGGCUGACGACAGCCCCCCACCGCCCCGUAGUGGCCCUCCGCAGAUCACAAGACCCCCUCCACCAAGUGAAAAUAAAACCAGAAUACCUCGCCCAAUGGUGUGCAAGGUCCUGCUGCUAAAUGGAGAAGAUUUUGAAGUUGCUAUCGAUAAACGUUCCUAUGGUCAGCUGCUUUUCGAAAGGGUCUGUGACUAUGUUGAUCUCCUGGAGAGGGAUUAUUUCGGUUUGACAUUCAAAUAUGAGGGAGAUUCAGAUAAUACUCGGUAUUGGCUGGAUGUACAUAAGAAAAUCACUAAACAGAAGAAACGUGGUAAAAUGGAUUUCGAAUUUGCGCUGAAAUUCUAUCCUCCAGACCCAACUCAGCUGACGGAGAGUUUGACCAGAUAUCUUGUUGUGCUGCAAAUUAGAAGAGACAUAAUCAGUGGGAGACUGCCGUGUUCACAAGCCACCCAUGCCAUGCUGGGGUCAUAUGCCGUGCAAGCUGACAUCGGUGACUAUGACCCCCUGGACCACGGCACGGGCAUCCAGUACAUCCAGGACAUGCCCUUUGCCCCCGAGCAGAGUGAGGAACUGCUGUACAAGAUAUCCACACUCCACAGGCAACACAAGGGCCUGACUCCAGAAGAUGCUGAGCUGCGGUACUUGGAAUACAGCAAGAAGAUUGCCCUUUAUGGUAUGGAUCUUCACAGAGCAAAGGACUCGGACUUUGUGGACAUUAUGUUGGGAGUGGGCGCCACCGGCAUCUCCGUGUACAGAGACAACUUAAGGAUAAACAGAUUCGUGUGGCCAAAGAUCCUCAAAAUCUCUUACAGACGGAACAAGUUUCUGUUGAGAAUUAGACCUGCCGAGUUUGAAACCUAUGAAAGUUGGAUUGCUUUCCGCUUAUCGAACAACAAACAUGCCAAGAGAUUGUGGAAGAUAGCUGUGGAGCAUCACGCUUUCUUACGGUUGAGAACAUCAGAAGAUGCCAAGAAAAGAUCAGGUUUCCCUCGAUUUGGCUCCAAGUAUCGCUACUCUGGUCGCACGCUGCAUGAGACACGCAAAAAUGCUUCAAUGGCUGACCGUCCUUCCAAGCAGUUUGAGCGUACUCAUAGUCGCCAGUCGCUCAACUCUGUCCUGAACAACAACAGAGCACGAAGUAGAGAUAAUUUGAAUCACCAUGAGCCGUACUUGGAACAAAGAAACCAUCACCUACACAACAUGUCGUUUGACACUGCCAGAGAUGAGCGUGAACGUGGCGGUGCUCGCGACCGGGCUCCUGUCAUCAUGGAUGAGAGGUUGGAUGAGAGGCUGGAUGAUGGCCGCACACCCUUACAGUCCCCUCUUCCCAGAGAAGAAUCUCCAAAAUUCAACACACGCAAUGUCAUUAGGCAUAAUGUUCACGAAGAGGAAGAAGAUGACCUUGAUGAAAGGCUGCCCUCUGCCCCUCAAGAUUCCCCACGAGGUAGUCGGAGAAGGUCUCCUAGAGAGGAGCGAAGAGCACCUCCCAUUCAAUUACGGAGAGAAUCACCAAUCGGAGUGCGAAGGGCUUCCCCGGAUGAAAUGCGAAGAAGGUCUCCAAAUGAAGUUCGAAGAGCAUCACCAGAUGAGGUUCGCAGAGCUUCCCCUAAAGAAGGUCGCAGAGUGUCUCCUCCACCCGUUCGCAGAGAGUCUCCUCCACCCGUUCGCAGAGAGUCUCCUCCACCAGUUCACAGAGCAUCUCCUAAACAGUUACGCAGAGCAUCGCCAGAAGCUGAGAGAAGGCCAGUGUCAAACCAUGAGUCGAGAGGAGGUGUCGCGACCCCUUUGGCGGCUCUAAUGAUUCCGAAACGACAGCAGGACUCUGAUGAGGAAGAUACUCAGAACUACAGCCCUCGAGGCAGUUUGGAUUCCCUUGACCUGGAAGAAGAUGAGCGCAAAGCCAAAGCCAAGCCGAAGCCAGAGGUGGCUCCGAAACCAGGGAAGGAAAAGCCUCCGGUGGCAAAGAAACCCGAGAAGCCCCCAAAGCCGGAAAAGGCUCCCAAGCCAGAGAAACCUCCUAAACCAGAGAAGGCCCCUAAACCAGAGAAGGCCCCUAAACCAGAGAAGGCCCCAAAGCCAUCGAAAAAGGAAAAGGAAGCUGCCAAGAAAAAGGAUUCGAAGAAGGGGCCGAUGACGGAGGUUUCACUGUAAAUAAAUAUUUUGCGGUUGUUUUUUUUUAAAAAGGAAAUUUUACAAAUGUGAGGUCAGUGGCUUAAUGUAUAUCGAAAAUCAACUUACUUGUAAGCAGCUCAAAAUUGAUAGGAUAUGAAAAUGAAAACUGGAGUUGCUCUUCUGAUUGUUUCAUGUUAAAAUGCUGUUUCUUUUAACAUAUUUUUUAAUGUGUGGUUUUUGAUAAUUAAAAAAAUGAAGAGCUUUAAUGAGAUAUUGUUGUGAGUAAAAGGUCUUCUCUUAUUUGUUGGCAAUAUGUCUACUUCCUAAUGCCGCUGCUGCCUGUGUCUUGGUAUCUCUAAAUGGCAGCACGUUCACAAUGGUAACUCAAUAUUGCAUGCUAUAAAAGAACCGCCCUUCAUUAUUGAAGCCUGUAUUUUACAUCCACAGCGGAUAUUACACUCUUUUUUCUUUGUCAUGGGUGUCUGAGCAGGCUUUUGUUCAUGUUGACAAAACUUACAUGCCAUAUUCUGUGGUCUGAGAAUUGUAUGGUUAGUGUUAUUAAAUGUUAUUGUCGGAAGUACGAAUGUUGGUAAUUUACUCUUGUAUAUUUUUCAUUGUUGUUUGAAGUGUGAACUUUCAAAAUGGUCACAGAAGUAUGCCUGAAACUUUUAUGUAUUUGAGUAUGAAUCUUUGAAUGAAUUUUAUUAAUGACAGUGAGAUCAUACUGUAAUAUGAUCAAGCUCUACAAAUUGUCUUAGCCCUGUAAAUUUCCUAAAUUGAUCACAUUUGUGGUACAAGUGUGAGUCUUUCCAGUUGACCUUCAGGCCAUCUUUAUGACAUUGUAGUGCAGAAGGUAUGAAUACUAUGCCAUUGAGAACAGUGGAGCCUGUUGUAAAAUGAAAUGUGUGUAUACUCUUUCAUUUUCAGGCUGGUUUUGCCUUAAUAAAAGGCUUAAUAGUGGGUUCUUUAGCUCUUGCUUGUAAAGUCUAACAGGAAAAGAGAUGAAAGUUCCAUUUGAUGUUAUUAUGUUUCUCUAUAUUUUCUUUGUUUUUCAGUUUGCUCUAUUUUUUGUGUUUCUGGCCUUCAUUUUUUGUUGAUCCAUAUUAACAUGGUUCACUUACACAAGACUUUGUUUGACAAUGAAACGCUAUAAUGAUGUUGUAACUUUUAAUUACCUGACCAUGUUGGUGUCAGAUGUUUAAACAUUAACAUUUGUGAAGACUAAUUUUAGAUACCACAGAAAAUUCAUAUUUUGUUUUUAAUGAACAUACCAUACUGAGUUUUGAAAGUUGGUCUACCUUAAUGCUUUACAGGGUUUUAAGCAGGCAUGCAUAUGGUAGUGAGUAAGGUGUUUUUAUCUCUAUAUUUUGUUGUAGGUGGACUUUGUUUUGGCAUAUCAUUUUUAUUUUACUGGAAAGGUUAGUUGUUUGUUUUUUUAAUACAAUCCUCACCAUCCCUUUAAUUCUAGAUAUCAAGUAAUAUUGGCAAAGUAUACAGUCAAACCUGUGUAAAACGGCCACCCUUUAUCAAGGAGAAAAGUGAUUGUAUAAGUAUAACACUGGUGGCCGUCUUAGGCAUGACUGAUCAAAAUGACGAAAACAAAUCAUUCUCUUCUGAGGUCCAAACCAGGGCUGAUUUUAGGCUUGGGACUUUCG